CACGUGUUCGACGAUUCGAAGCAGCAAAUCUAUCCUCACUUCUUCGCAAACUCGAUCACAUCCUCCAACAUGUCUGAUAUCGACGAUGAGCUCUUCGCCCUCGCUGGCGGCGACGAAGAAGCAGACGUUGAAGAAGGCGAGGCGUGAGUGACCUCUUUCCUCUACUGCCAUCCUCUGCGUCAUCGUGCCAUUCUGCAUCAUCGUGCCAUGUCCAAUAUGGCUUCCAGCGACCGCCCUUCCCUCCCUACACACUUUCGAGACUUCCUGAACGACGCUGACUCUCGCCAGCUCAUCGCCAGCAGCCUCUUCGCCCAAUUCUCUAGGCUCUGAUGCUAUGGAAGAGUCCGACUCAGACCGCGACGAUGAGCCGCCUGCACGAUCGGCCGACGUGCCCUACCCCCUUGAGGGCAAGUACAUCGACGAGGCCGACAAGAGGAGGAUCAUGGGCAUGUCGCAGCUCGACCGCGAAGAGAUCCUGGGUCAGCGUGCCGAGGAGAUGAGCAGAGCCAACUUCACAGCCGAGCUGGCACGGCGUGCAGCGAACCUGCAAAAUGACAGGAAACGCAAGGUUGACUCGGAAGAGCCUGACGAGAUGAGGCGCGAGAACAGCCGGCCCAAGGUCAAGGCGAGGGUCAACGACAAGCUCGAGGAAUACAAGCGCAACCGUGAACAGCGCGGCCAGCAAAGAGACCGAGACAACGACCGGCGCAACAACCGCCGACGAUCGAGUUCGACCGACCGCGAUGGUGCUUCAGACGUCGACGCUGACGGCGAGAGCGAUGUUGAGUGGGACGAUCGUGCGCCUGCGAAGGCUCGCGAAGAGGCGCCAGCUACUCUCCGCGACUUUGACUCAGUGCGUGUUGGCCGUGGCUUCUUCUCAGAAGUCUGCUUUUACCCAGGCUUCGAGGAUGCCGUGACUGGUACUUUUGGACGUGUCGGUGUCGGACAGGACUCGCAGCGCCGGACAAUGUACAAGAUGGCGCAAAUCAAGGGCAUCAACACAGGCAAGCCGUACGUCUUCGAGGGCAAGAACGGUGCAAAGGUUGCGACAGAUCAAUACGUCGUUGCGCAACACGGCUCAACCAAGAAGGACUAUCAGUUCCAAUUCUUGUCAAACCAGCGCUUCGACGAGCGAGACCUCGACGUCUACAAGCAGUCUCUCGCCGAGACAAACUCAAAGAUUUCCAGCAAAUCCUUCCUCGAGCGAAAAUACGACGACCUCAAGAGCCUCCAGAACCACCACUGGACGGAGCCAGAGAUCAACGCACGCAUCGCAAAAGCGAAGAAGUACCAACAUCUGCUACACCGCAAUUCGGUCGACGCACAGCCGAGGAUCCAAACACAAUCAGAAGCUGCCGCAGUCAAGACCGCAGAGCUCAACCGCAUGAACCGCAUUAAGGAGGCGGAGCGUGUGCGAAAGGUGCAACUCGAGCAGCAACGCCAGAAGAAGAUGGAACAGAAAAAGGAAGCGGCACGCAAGCGCGCUGAAGAGGAGGCUCAGAAGGCGCAAGAAGAGGCCGCGCUCAAGAGUGAGACUGACGCGCUGUUUGGCGAUGGUGAUAUCUCGUCAAGAGCCAGCACACCCAAACUGCAGGACAAGAAGAAGACGGAGCGUAAGGGCUUGCCAACAUUCAGGAAACCGAAGACGGAUGAUGACUUUAUUGCGAGUAUGGAUUUAGACAUCGAUAUCGCCAUCUAAGGUCGAUGUCGCAUCCACUACGGCGGCUCCUACAAGGAGCAUCCGCUUCUUUAUCACCUCGCCCUCUACACGCCUCUUCUGAUUUCGGUUGUCUUGCGUACUGGCGUUCAAGCGCACCACGAUGGUCAACAUCAACUAUAAACACGUGCACGGUCUCUUUCGAUCACAUUGCAUUCCAAACCUUCCUUUGGAAGACAGUCGGCAUGUUUCUGAAGGAAGUCCACAGCUUGAGCAUGUUGCUGCCUGCG